CCCAAAUCGAUUCAACAGGAGCCACCCGGACCCCCACCUGACCCGACCCGAUGGAGAUCGCCCCGGCGCCGCCGCAGUCCGCAGACCGGGACGUCCCAAACGACUCCGCGUCCGUCAAAACGACGCCGUCCUCCUCGCUCUCCGAGAACGACGAGGCGAACGUGUCGACGUCGGUGGCGGCGGCGGCCAAGUACGACGACGACGAAGAGGAGGAGGACGUGUGCCGGAUCUGUAGGAACCCUGGCGACGCCGAUAACCCGCUCCGGUAUCCGUGCGCUUGUAGCGGAAGCAUCAAGUUCGUGCACCAGGAUUGUCUCCUUCAGUGGCUCAAUCACAGCAAUGCUCGCCAAUGCGAGGUUUGCAAGCAUCCAUUUUCCUUCUCUCCGGUUUAUGCUGAGAAUGCACCUGCUAGGCUUCCUUUUCAGGAGUUUGUAGUUGGGAUGGCAAUGAAAACUUGCCAUGUUCUGCAAUUUUUUCUGCGCCUUAGCUUUGUGCUAUCCGUCUGGCUCCUCAUUAUACCUUUUAUUACGUUUUGGAUAUGGCGGCUGGCUUUUGUGAGGAGUUUUGGUGAAGCUCAGAGAUUGUUCCUAAGUCAUCUAUCAACUACAGUCAUUCUUACUGAUUGUCUGCAUGGGUUCCUACUUUCUGCGAGCAUUGUGUUCAUAUUUCUUGGAGCCACUUCUCUGAGGGAUUACUUCAGGCAUUUACGUGAGCUUGGAGGUCAAGAUGUUGACAGAGAAGAUGAGGCAGAAAGAAAUGGUGCUCGUCCUGUAAGAAGAGUUCCUGGACAGGCUAAUAGAAACUUUGUUGGCGACGCUAACGGGGAAGAUGCUGCUGGAGCACAAGGGAUUGCUGGAGCAGGUCAAAUGAUUAGAAGGAAUGCUGAAAAUGUGGCCGCUCGCUGGGAGAUGCAGGCAGCUCGUCUUGAGGCUCAUGUUGAACAGAUGUUUGAUGGUCUAGACGAUGCCGAUGGUGCAGAGGAUGUACCAUUUGACGAGCUUGUGGGAAUGCAGGGACCUGUAUUUCAUUUAGUGGAAAAUGCUUUCACUGUGCUGGCAAGCAAUAUGAUAUUCCUUGGUGUAGUAAUAUUUGUGCCCUUCUCAUUAGGUCGGAUUAUACUCUAUCAUUUGUCUUGGCUUUUCUCCACUGCUAGUGGUCCAGUCUUGUCAACAGUCAUGCCACUCACUGAAUCAGCCAUUUCCUUAGCUAAUAUCACAUUGAAGAAUGCAUUAACUGCUGUAACAAAUUUAUCAACCGAUGGCGAGAAAAGUGGUAUGGCUGGCCAGGUUGCAGAGAUCCUGAAAGUUAACAUGAGUGGACUGAAUGAGGUUUCAAACAAUGCAAGUUCACCACUUUCAGCAGACAUCCUUAAAGGGGCAACAAUUGGAACGUCAAGGCUCUCUGAUGUGACAACUCUUGCUAUUGGAUACAUGUUUAUAUUCUCCCUAGUUUUCUUCUACCUUGGCAUUGUGGCUUUUAUCCGUUACACUAGGGGUGAGCCAUUGACUAUGGGAAGGUUCUAUGGUAUUGCUUCAAUGGCAGAGACAAUUCCAUCUCUAUUCAGGCAGUUUCUGGCCGCAAUGAGGCAUUUGAUGACAAUGAUUAAGGUCGCUUUCCUUCUGGUCAUUGAACUUGGAGUGUUCCCAUUAAUGUGUGGAUGGUGGUUGGAUGUUUGUACUAUAAGGAUGUUUGGGAAAACGAUGUCUCACAGGGUGCAGUUCUUCUCAGCGUCUCCUUUAGCUAGCUCCCUGGUUCAUUGGGUUGUAGGAAUUGUAUACAUGCUACAAAUAAGCAUAUUUGUCAGUCUUCUUCGAGGGGUUCUGCGUAAUGGAGUUCUUUAUUUCCUAAGAGAUCCAGCUGAUCCAAACUACAAUCCCUUCCGUGAUCUCAUUGAUGAUCCUGUGCACAAACAUGCUCGCAGGGUUCUGUUAUCCGUUGCGGUGUAUGGGAGUUUAAUUGUGAUGCUGGUGUUUUUACCAGUUAAACUAGCUAUGCGGAUGGCACCUUCCAUUUUUCCCCUUGACAUUUCGGUAUCAGACCCAUUUACUGAAAUUCCUGCGGACAUGCUUUUAUUUCAAAUCUGCAUUCCAUUUGCAAUUGAACAUUUCAAAUUACGGGCAACCAUUAAAUCCCUGCUGCGUUAUUGGUUUACGGCAGUUGGCUGGGCACUUGGUUUAACAGAUUUCUUACUACCCAGACAUGAGGAUAACGUCGGACAGGAAAACGGAAAUGCAGAGCCAGGAAGACAGGAUAGGUUACAGGUUCAAUUGGGGCUACAGGAUCAAGCUUUGGUGGCCCUGCCAGGUGCUGAUGAACCAAAUGGAGGGCUUCUGGCAUCAGGGGACUCGAAUAUUGCAGAAGAGUAUGACACUGAUGAACAAUCUGAUUCUGAAAGGUAUAGCUUUGUACUUCGAAUUGUCCUCUUGUUGGUGGUGGCUUGGAUGACGUUACUUGUCUUCAACUCAGCCUUGAUAGUUGUACCAACAUCACUCGGAAGAACAAUUUUCAAUGUCAUUCCUUUCCUCCCUAUAACUCAUGGCAUCAAGUGCAACGAUUUAUAUGCUUUCAUCAUCGGAAGCUACAUAAUAUGGACUGCUGUAGCUGGAGUCAGAUAUUCUAUUGAGCACAUUAGAACAAAAAGGGUUGCCGUUCUAUUGGGCCAGAUCUGGAAGUGGUGUAGCAUUGUCAUAAAGAGUUCUGCCUUGUUGUCAAUAUGGAUUUUUGUCAUUCCAGUAUUGAUCGGGUUGCUCUUUGAGCUUUUGGUGAUCGUGCCAAUGCGGGUGCCUGUUGAUGAAAGCCCAGUAUUCCUGCUGUAUCAGGACUGGGCUUUGGGCCUUAUUUUUCUCAAGAUAUGGACUAGAUUGGUGAUGUUGGAUCACAUGAUGCCAUUGGUAGAUGAAAGCUGGCGCGUAAAGUUUGAAAGGGUGAGGGAAGACGGCUUCUCCAGGCUGCAAGGUCUUUGGGUGCUCCGCGAGAUUGUAUUCCCAAUCAUAAUGAAGUUGUUGACUGCCCUGUGUGUGCCUUACGUUCUUGCCAGAGGGUUAUUUCCUGUGCUCGGUUACCCAUUAGUAGUCAACUCAGCAGUUUAUCGGUUUGCCUGGAUAGGAUGCCUGUGCUUUAGUCUGCUGUGCUUCUGUGCCAAGAGGUUCCAUGUAUGGUUCACCAACCUUCACAACUCUAUACGUGAUGACCGAUAUCUAAUUGGACGAAGGCUUCAUAACUUUGGAGAAGAUGUUGAAGAAAAGCAAAAUGAGGCAGGGACAUCCCUUGAAUUGCAGGAUUCUAGUUUCGAAGUCAGUGGUUUAAUUCCACAUGACCGAGAGGCUGACCAUGGUCUCCGUCUAAGGCGUGCUAUUCAACAUGAUGCUUAGUUAUGAGGUAUGGGCUGUAGGAGUUUUGGUCAAAUAUGAGGCUAUCAUGCUUAGAUGUAUACGUUACGUUACAGCAUAGAACUGGUUUGUACUUCACCUCCAUGGAUGUAAAGAAGAGAGUGUAUUAAACUAUUCUCUAAUUAGAGUUGUCCCUCAGUUUGUGCAUAUAAUGCUUGUUUAAAUUAGCAAAUAGGUUUAUGAAUCAAAGUUGUCCAUAAACUCAUUUUUCGCAUUAGUUCACUCAUUGGUCGUUGUUCUUUU